AUGUCAGAAAAAGAAGAGAAAAAAAACACGGCGACUCUCCAAGAUCCCCAAAUUCUUCCAAAAUCUAAUCUCAAAUUCGUGAAGACGACUCUCCGAUUCAAAUCACUGCUCCAUCUCCUCAUCUUCUUCCCGUCCCAUCACUCAUCAUCAAUCACGGCGGCUAAUUUUCUGUCCUCCUCCCAGAGCUCGUCCGAUUCUUCCCCGGCGCGUCCGUUUAUGGCGGCCAGAGGAGCGUCUGCGCAUCGGUGCCACGGGCUCGAUCUGCUGGAGAAAGCCAUUCACCAGGUGGACGCCGGCUCGGGCGUCGGCGUGCCGUACAUACAACAUCGGGUCACCAUCCGACGGAGGAGGAGGUUGCGGUGGGAUCUGGAGUUUGGCGUCCUGUUCUUGGUCAAAUUCUUCAGUAUUAAGGGGAAUGGUUUGAUAUCUUAG